UACAUUGAAUACAGUAAAAGUUGUUAGAAACCACGCAAGUCAGUAGGUUGUGUAAUUCAGAAGAUAACGUGAUUUAUACUUGGUUCAUGAAAUUAAUUAUGUAAAGAAACAAGUAUAAAUAUGAAUCUGUUUUUAACACAAUAUAAAGUGCAAAGUAAAUGGUGUAUUCUUUUCGUUAUAUUGCAAUUUGGCGUGAUAUGUGGUGAAAUAUCUUUUGCGACGGAGAUUACUAACCUUGAAAAUAAAAAAUUGUCAUUGCCGAACACCUCUUUGCCGGUGCUUAACAAUUCAAAAAGUAUUACAAAUACAAGUCAGGUAUUUGCAAUCACAAGUGCAAAUUUGGUUAUUGACGAUGAAAGUAAGACAAAUGGGCCUAAGAAUUCUGAUAAUUCUGAUAAAUUAUCUACCAUUAAUAUCACUAUGACAACUUCAAAUUCUCAAAUUAUACCUUCAGGAGUAAAUACGGAACAAAAUGACAAUAUCCUUAAAAAUGUAACGACCGAAAAAAUUAACACAGAAGUAAUAGCUACCCCGAUUAAUGAAAAAAAUGGAAGCAUAAUUACGGAUUAUCAAUCUUCUCAAAAUCCAGAUAUUAUUAAUGCAACAAAUACAAGUACAACAACGAUUGCACCUGCAGAACCAGUACUUCCUGACAAAGAUUCUGCAGAAGAAGAACAUAAUAGUUCCAUGUCCAUAUUUUUUGUUCUUUGCGUUUUAGCAUUAGGAAUUUUAUUAAUACAUCUCAUGCUUCAAACAAAUUUUCAAUAUCUACCAGAGUCUGUAGUUAUUGUCUUCUUAGGUGCUGCUAUUGGCAUGAUCAUAAAUCUUAUGUCCCAUCAAAAUAUAGCAAAUUGGAGAAAGGAAGAAGCUUUUUCUCCAACUGCUUUUUUUCUUGUACUCCUACCACCAAUAAUAUUUGAAUCCGGAUAUAACUUACACAAAGGAAAUUUUUUUCAAAAUAUAGGUAGCAUUCUGGUAUUUGCAAUUGUUGGUACAGCCAUUUCUGCAUUUGUUAUUGGUGCAGGAAUUUAUUUAUUAGGUUUAGCACAGGUUGCAUAUAGACUUAGUUUUGUGGAAAGUUUUGCAUUUGGAUCAUUAAUAUCUGCCGUAGAUCCAGUUGCUACAGUUGCAAUAUUUCAUGCAUUAGAAGUCGAUCCAAUUUUAAAUAUGUUAGUUUUUGGAGAAUCCAUUUUAAAUGAUGCAAUAUCUAUUGUUUUAACAACCUCGGUAUUAGAAUCCAAUAAUGCUACUACUACUAGUGAAGCUAUUAUUCUUGGCAUAAAUAGAUUUUGUCUUAUGUUUUUUGCCUCUGCUGGUAUUGGAGUUGUUUUCGCGCUUAUAAGUGCUUUAUUAUUAAAGCAUGUAGAUCUCAGAAAAAAUCCGUCUCUUGAAUUUGGAAUGAUGUUGGUCUUUACAUAUGCUCCUUAUGUCUUGGCAGAAGGCAUACAAUUAUCUGGUAUUAUGGCAAUAUUAUUUAAUGGAAUAGUAAUGUCGCAUUAUACUCAUUUUAAUUUAUCAACCGUUACUCAAAUCACAAUGCAGCAGACUAUGAGAACUUUAGCUUUUAUAGCUGAAACAUGUGUUUUUGCUUAUUUAGGAUUAGCUCUCUUUAGUUUUAGACACAGAGUGGAACCUGCUUUAAUCAUAUGGUCUAUUAUACUGUGUCUUAUUGGUAGAGCAGCAAAUAUUUUUCCAUUAGCUCUUCUUGUUAACCGGUUUCGAGAACAUCAAAUUACCAGAAAAAUGAUGUUCAUUAUGUGGUUUAGUGGUCUUCGAGGUGCUAUAUCAUAUGCACUGUCACUUCACUUGGAUUUUAGCGAUGAAACUCGUCAUGUGAUUAUUACAACUACAUUGAUUAUUGUCUUAAUCACAACGUUAAUAUUUGGUGGCUCUACAAUGCCAUUACUUAAAUUUUUACGAGCAGAAAAGAAACAAAAGAACAGUAGAAGGAAAAAGAAAGAUAAAGAAGUUUCAUUAAGUAAAACAAGAGAAUGGGGUCAGACAAUUGAUUCUGAACACUUGUCAGAACUAACAGAAGAAGAAAUGGAAGUAUCUUUUCUCCAAUCGCGGAUUCAUGGUUUCGCGAGAUGGGAUCUGAAAUUUUUUAUUCCUUUCUUUACUCGAAGAUUUACACAGCAAGAACUGAAGGAUUGUAAAUCACAAAUGACAGAUUUGACAAACCAAUGGUAUCAAGCAAUCAGAAUUAGUCCAUUAGAAUCAGAUGAUGAUGCGACAACUGCAUCAACAGCACAAUUAAAUAUUAAUGUUUCUGAAGAAUCUCGAAACGAAAGAUGGGUGAAGGAAAAAAAAGGACGUUCUAGUCAUGGAGAUGACGAAGAAUGGUCUGAUUCAAAUUGAAGUUUAUAUAAUUGUUUAAAGAAAUAAUAUUAUAUUAUGCAGCGAUAUGCGAUUGUACAAGUAACUUUUAAAAUGUAAAAUCUGGCAUAUCCUACUUAAUAAUUGACCUAAUAAUGACUUUGUGGAUAAGUUUCUACAUAGUAUUAUAAUAUAUGAUUUUUUUCUUAGUAAUAUACUACUACUUAUAAUUUGUUUCUAUAAAUGAAAAUUAAACUCAAUAUUCAUUUAAUAUGAAAAAUGUGCAUAUUAUAUAAACAUAUUAUAAUUCAUUUUAUAAUUUAUGCUUAUAUAACUUUAUUAUGAUCUAUUAUGAUACGUGUUAAAGUAUUGAGUGAAACGUAAAUAGAAAUUUCAGUCAAUUUUUUUCUUUCUCAUUAUUUCACUUACUACAUUUUAACUUUGUAAAACAUAUUAAACAAUCUGCACAUAGACAACGCGAACUGAUAUUCUUAUCUAUUCUGCCUUAUAUAUUAUGCACAACUAUUUCUGUACAGUUUUACAAAUAAAUUUAGUGUUAAGUAACAAUUUUCUAAUGAAUUUUAUAAUUUAUAAAUAUUUGUAUAUCACAAGUUACUGUAUUUUAUAAAUAAUACGAAGCAUGAUAUCAUAAUAAGAAUGUAAAGCCGAGAUUGCGUCUAUAAAUGUAUAUUUUUUUAAAAUAUGAAAAUUUGUUUAGAUAAAUAGUUUUGAAGUCAUCAAGGGUUGUCCGUAAAAAUCCUGUUAGUACUGCAUAAUUAGUACGUACGUACAGUAGAAUAUUUAUAUUUAUAUUAUAAAUAGAUUUCUGUUUAUGUUAUUUCCAAUUGUAUUUUGAAUGACGUAUAUAGCAUGUGUUGGCAUAGUGCUCAAAUAUAUUGGUCAAGUUGACGUUUAUUAAUAUCUUGUAUGACGAAACAAUUUAUCCUCUUUAUAACAUAGAACGUUUCAGAAGUAUGUAUGAUAAUCUAUAUAUUCGAUUAUAAUUUUACUUAUUAUAAGUACGAGUGUUACAUUUGUAAUGAACAUUAGUGUUCAUAAUUUAUUUUAAAUAUUGUAUAUUUCGUCUUGUCGAAAAUAAUAUUUAAUAGGUAAAUAAGAAAUAAUUGAAAAUAUUAGAUACAUCGUAUUAAGAUCGGUAACAUAUACCUAUUCAUUUUUUUAGAGAUUUAUCAAAUGAAUAUCGAAUAAAUAAUUAAAAAAAAGAAGAAAAACAUUCCAUAGUGUAAAUUUUAUGGAUGACGGUAAAAAUAAAUACACGCAGUAUUAGGAUGAAUAUAAAAUAAUAAUAAAGUCAUCUUACAAUUUGUUGAACUGUGAUUUAAUCACAAAUGGUAUAGGGUAAUUAUUUUUAAUGACUAUCUACGUCGAAUAGUAGUAAAACUAUAUCGUUUUCACAUUCAAUUCAUUUUGUACACACUUUGCAUAUUUAUAUUUUAAUAUCGUUAUCAGUCUUUUUAAAGGAAUUUAUAAAUCUUUAUAUUUAAAACAUCUUGUCGAUUAAAAAUAAUUUAGCACAUAAAUAUAAAUAAAACAUAACUUUCUUUGUAACACGCAAAACGUACGAGAAAUAAAAGUAUAUGUGAGAUA